UGGUCCUCUUGCUUGCGAACCCAACGGGAAAUCUUUCUUCAUCGUUCACGUCAGAUCUUGGCGAAUCUUCCUCAUUUCAGUCAAGCAACGCAAGAAAGAGGUUGAUGUUUCCUUCUUUCAUAAUAUCCUUGCCCUUCCAUUCAUUUAUUUUUUAAAAAAAGUCUAAACAAAGCUCCAGAUCUUCCAACCAUUGCCAGCUCAUCUUUCUUAGAAAAUUUCCCGUCCCAACAUCGUUUGACAACGCCACCAUCUCACAUGUUGACUGUUCAUCACUUGGACCACUCGCAGAGCAUUCGCAUUGUUUGGCUGCUAGAAGAAUUGAAGGCCAGUGGAAAUAAUGCUGUCGAUUACGAGCUAAAGCUGUAUGAAAGAAAUCAGACGGAUCGCUUGGCGCCUCCAGAAUACAAAGCCUUGUCGCCACUGGGAACAGCCCCAACCAUCACCACCAGCGAGGGCCUCGUCAUGAACGAGAGCAAUGCCAUUUUGGAGUAUAUUGUCGACUUGGCAGGAGAUAAUGGUUCUUCCUUUCGACCAUCCAGCUCCUCACCCGAUCGCGGCAAUUUUUUGUUCUGGUUCCAUUCCGUCCAAGGCAGCAUGCAACCCAUGCUCACGGUGGACAUUGUCUUUCGACAUGCUGCCAUAAAGGCUCCCUGUCCCAUUGGCAAUUUGGUGGGGGUGGUUGGUUCCAAAGUCAGGGACGCGAUUGUCAUGCCGAGACUAAAGAACAUUGUAGAGCUGGCAGAAACCCAAUUGACCAAACACGAUUUCCUGGCAGGCAGCGACCUGACCGUGGCAGAUAUCUCAGCAAUAUACCCAUUCGCCUCGUUGUUCACGAGGUAUCCUGAGCUUUGCAAGCCUUAUCCAAACUGCAAGAAAUGGCUUGAUCGGAUGAUGGAACGACCCGCCUUGAAAGCGGCUCAGCAGAAAGUGGGUGAGGAAGGAGGAAUUGUGUUUGAAAGUGAGUGAACGAAUGAUUUUCAAUGAUCUACAGAACGAGCUAUAAGGUACUAUGAAUGAAAGCGGCUCGAGAUAAAGUCGGAAAGGAAAGUGGUCGAAUUGGAAAUCGUGCGCAAACAACGUGCUUGGGCUUUUGUGUUCUGAAGUGCACCUACAUGCCUAGUCUGUGCAUCUUAAUGAAACAAGUUUGUGAAACUAAUUCGGCUUACUAGUAUAUACUUCGGAUGUUAUGUCCAUGUUAGCUGUGAUGUGCUUG